UGUUGAUGCUGUCAUUUCAUUAUCGAUUUUUGUUAGCAUGUUAUUGCAUUUAUUAUAAUAAUUCAUCAUGUCCAAGACUUGAGUUUGUCGUGGAAGCGAUUUGGGGCAAAAUGUCUCAUUAUAUGAAGGCCCCCAAGAAAUGUUUUUCGAAGAACAUUCAGGAUUACAUAAUACGUCCAUUGUUGCGACAGAGAGAGACCGGGGAGCUGUGUGAUGUGAAUUUGUCACUGAACGGACGGACUUUUAACGCCCAUAAGGCUAUUCUGGCGUUAUGGAGUCCAUACUUCCUGUCAAUGUUUACCUGCGACAUGAGGGAGAAGUUAAUAAAGGACAUAGAUUUGUCGGAAUCGCUUGUCCUGGAAAAUGAUAAUGUUUUUGGUAGUGUGUUAGAUUACAUGUACACAGGGUCUCUUACUAUUUCGAAUGAUAUAGUCGAGGAUAUUGUGAAAAUCUCAGAUUUUCUUCUCAUAGACGACAUCAAAGAAUAUUGUAAACAGUUCUAUAUUGAUCUUGGAAAUCUGGAUCUCUCAAACUGCUUGAGACUGCGAUUUCUUGCCGAAGAUCACAACAUGCCUGAAGUGGCGAAUCAUGCUCAUAAAAUGAUUGAAUCUCGCUUUCAUGAUCAUGUUGUAUACCAUGAAGAUAUUUUGGACUUAUCACCAGAAUAUCUUUUCCGUCUGCUUGAAGAUGCCAAAGUCGUUCAGCAUACAAGCUAUGGUGAAUUGAAAAAGUUGGUUCAACGAUGGGUAGAAUAUGACAAAUCAUCACGCCAACAUUUUUUACCCGAUUUGACAACCUGUAUAAAAUCGUGGAUAUUGGAUCUUGCUAAUGAAGCUUCAUACCUUGGCAGAGAAAUGUCCACCAGUGAUAUAAUGAGAAGAUCAAUGGAGGGUUCCUUUACUCGUUCUGUUGAAGGAGCCAUUUCAACAUCCAUUCAUGACCCUACAAUGCCAGACAAUGGGAAUUCUGUUUCUUGGAAAGACAAACUGAAUGGUUCAGAAUCGGGUACACCAUGCAUUUUGACAGUGGUUUGCAAUCAAGGUCUGAAAUUCUUAAAAAUAUUGGUGUACAGCCUGGUUGAACAAAAGUGGUUUCAUUUCCCACUUACUGGUGAAAAAAUAUUGCAGAAUAUUCCUUUGCGGCAAACAGUUUGCAGCAUGCUCAUAACAAACAACAAACUGUUCAUGUACUUGUGUUCUAGCUUUCCGUACCCCACCGAUAUGCUCAAGAUCAACAUUCUUGUGACUGAUCUGUUGACAUGGCAGCCAUCCUUAUUCUCAUUUCGGACGAUGGAUUUCUAUAAUCCCACCUACAGAACAACACUGACAAAUUUCCGUACAGCCCCUCCAGUCAUGGUUCACUGCAACAAUCAGCUGUAUGUCAUUGGAAACAAAGAAGGUGCUGGCCACUUGUUUGUGUGUAACUUGGCAAACCGGCAGUACUCCUGCUUCCAGAUACCAGGGUCACGCUUCAUUAGUCUUGCAAGAGGUACCGUCAAAGACAAGAGACACAUCUUCCUUUGGUACAGACACAGAACGGGACCUUCAGAAGAAUUUUGCAUCAAGAAAUCUGUGGGUUUUGCAGUCUUUGACACCAGAACAAAAAUCUUCAAUUCUUUUGAGGUUCCUCCACCAAAUAUUCCAUACGACGAUUUUGUGAAACCUUACGUGAUGUGUGUCAGAGACAACACAGUGUUCAUUUACCAUCCAGGCCAACCGGCUCUCAUCUUGGAUGAAGUGCGCAGCAAAUGGGUGGUCUCAAUGAGAAGGAUCUCAAUUCCAAAUGCAGAUUUCACCGCCGAUGUUCAGGCAUAUGGGUUUGAGUUGCUUGUCCCAACUGAUGAAAGCAUAUUUAUCUUGAACAACGAAUUGCCAUACACAACCACAAUGCAUGAAGUCUCAGAGAAGUAUCCGUGUUCUAUGGCACACAUCCCUCCUCCCAUUGACAACAUAUCAGUUGUGGCGCUGGGUCACAUUCCCAAGAUGUCUUUGCAAUCUUUGGAGAAGUGUGAUCACUAUGAUGAUGCUUAUGCAAGUGCUCUUCAUGUUGCAAUGCAGUAUUCUGACUGCGACACCGAUGAUAGCGAUGAAUCAAACUGUGAAGAUCAGACCUCAGACAACGACUUUGAAUAUGAUGAAGAUAUUUAUGACUAUGACUAUGAACUGGAUAUUGCCAGUGGAUUUGAAUUCUAAAUUGGUGAGAACUGGACAUCAAACUGUGUAUGGAGUUUUUGCACUCAUGCUCAUAAAACAGGUUUGCUUGUUUAGUGGCAGUCCUCAAAAUGACAAAACAUUUAAGUUACUCAUAGGAGUAACAAAUAUUGUCAACUUUCUUUUGACUGCCUGUGCAGAGAAAUACUAAUAUUUUUGUUGUUCAGACUGGGUGAAGAUUUGUACUUAACUAUGGAGAUUUAGCUACAACUCAAUCUUGAAUUGAUGGUGCAUUAAUUUUCAACCAUUUUAAUUUCAAAUGUACGUUGUGACACUUUCAGUUAUUGAUGAUUUGUACUUAACUAUGGAGAUUUAGCUACAACUCAAUCUUGAAUUGAUGGUGCAUUAAUUUUCAACCAUUUUAAUUUCAAAUGUACGUUGUGACACUUUCAAUUACUGAUGAGUAACGAAAAGAAAAAGUUGGUAUUGUUUAAUAUAUACUGCCCUAUUAAGCUUUUGAAUCUUGGAUGUUAAAGUUAGCUUUUCUGUCAUUUUGAUAAUGGGGGAAUAAGUGGGGUAGGGAAUACUAGCAAAUAUUUCUGAACACAAAUUCCAAACUGUAAGAAAUUAACAUGACUGAACAAUAUUUUCUGUUAAAACUUUUGAUCACAACAAUUUCUUAACCUCUGAAAAGAAACCACCAAUGGUUAACAUAGUUGUACGCUUGAAAGAGUUAGCUGUCCCAUCAUAAUUUCUUUCACCUUCAUAUUUUGGUUUAAAUUUUCUCAACUUGCCAUUACUUGUACAUAGUCUCUUUUUUCAGUGCAGCUUUUUGUGUACCAAUUAAUUAAUUUUUCAUGAAAUUGCCCAAUUUUUUUUCAGCAAUGAUCUAUUUUAUUAACCACAAGCAAUGAGUAGCACACAGAAAAGAUGUUAUUUAGAUUUUUAUGAAGAUCAGUGAACAUAGCAUCAUUUUAAAAAUAUCAAUAAAAUAUUUAUAUACCUCUAAACACACCACUUGAUCUACUACACGCUAGAUGUCCACUAAAGACUCAAUGUCUGCAGUACUAAAAACACAGCUCAAAUCAUUUGCAUCUAACAACAGGGAAGGAAAUGUUUUAUUUAACCACGCGCUCAACACACUUUAAUUACGGUUAUAUGGCAUGAGACAUAUGGUUAAGGACCACACAUAUUGAGAGAGGAAACCUGCUG